CCGCCUGGCGCUGAGGUGAAGCGGCCGUCAGCAGCAGGAAUGGGAGAAAGAGCAGCGCACGCGCCGCAGGGUCCGUCAGCGGCGGGAAAGCCGCGCUAGAGAGGGGCGUGGCUUCGCGAAGACCUGCCCCGCCCCUUCCCCCGGCCCGCUCACCCGUCGCCAGCCAACAACCAGACAAAAUGGCGUCGGCUCGGCUCCUCACGCUGGGCUCUUAAAGGAGCCGCAGCACACCGGGCCUGGUGGCCGGUAGAGACGACCAACAGUCAGUGGAGGAAAGAAAGUGGGAGAGAGGUGUGCGGAGAAACGGUGCCUUCACGCGGGGUCGCCCGGAGGCCGCCCUGCUCACCACUGCCUCGGCGGCGACGAGCGGGAAGCGGUGAAACGGCGUUACCAUGUCAACGCAGAUACUGGUCAUAUGAUAUUCUGUACUUUCGGCAAUGAAGAAAGGCUCAGUAAGAAAAGCAUUAUGUAGAAAAACACAGAAGUCAGCAUCUCGGACACCUAGUCCAAUGUCUCCUGUCAGUUCAAGUAUGAGAUCGCCAUCUCCUCUUAGCCAACAGACAUCUCCAUCUGCUUGCAAAAGCACGGAGCAGAGGAACCAACAACUUGAUAUUACAGCAGAAAAUGUAGAAGCUGAUUUUGAGUAUAAGUUUCAUAAAGAUGAAAAUGGUGUUAGUGCAGGAGUUAGGUACAUUACCGAACCUCUUAUAAAAAGUCUGUCAAAACAGGACAAUUUGGCAUAUAUAAGCUCACUGAAUCUUUCUUCCCCAAAGGAUGGGGACAAGAAAUUUAAGUACAUAGAAAACUUGGAAAAGUGCUCUAAACUAGAGACACUAAAUCUUAGUAACAACCAAAUAGAGAAGAUUGAGAAGUUGGAUAAAUUGAUGAAGUUGCGUGAACUCAAUUUGUCUUGCAACAAAAUCAGUAAAAUUGAAGGUAUAGAACAUAUGCAGAAUCUACAAAAGCUCAACCUUGCAAGGAAUGAGAUUGAGCAUAUUCCUGCGUGGGUAGGGAAGAAACUGAGAUCCCUGCGCAUCCUUAAUUUGAAACAGAAUAAAGUAUCAUCACUCCACGAUAUAGCUAAACUAAAGCCUCUACAAGAUCUGACUUCUCUAUUCCUUGCCGAUAAUCCAGUUGUAAGUCUGCCUCACUACCGCUUGUACACCAUAUUCCACUUGCGAGCACUGGAGAACUUGGAUGGACAGCCAGUGACAAAUCAUGACAGGCAGAAAGCUCUAGAGAGGUUUAAUUUAGAAGAGAUAGAAAAAUUAGAGAGAGAGUUGGAAAACACAAUAAAGGAGAUGGAGAACCUUAAACUUAACCAGUCCAAAGUGCUUGAGCAACUUCACCAUCAAGAUGAAGUCAACAAAUCAUUAAAAGAAAAGACUUUGCAACAGAAACAAAGCUACGAAGACCUACAAAGGGACCUGGACACCAAAAAUGAAUUGCUGGUGUAUUGGUUUGUCACAGUUCCCUUUCCACAGAGCCUUUAUUCCUCACUAAAGUUAAAGCAGAAGACAAUGGAGCUAACCCGAGCUUGCCAGAAGCAGUAUGAAUUGGAGCAGGAACUGGCAUUUUAUAAGAUUGAUGCAAAAUUUGAGCCAUUAAAUUAUUUUCCGUCAGAGGAUGUUGAACUUGAUAAUGUACCUGGUGAAAGCCCAUACAUUGGUAAGGCUAGGUAUAAAAGAAAUAUGUUUAUAAGAGAAGGCUAUAUUGCUAACAAAGCUCAGCAGAUGGAGAUUGGAAAAAUGCAACUAGAUGAAGAUGACUUCUCUAGGAAUCCCCAGCUGAAAUUGCAGCUCCAAACUCUAGAUGAGCUACUAGAGGGUAAAGAAAAAAAGAUUAAUUCAGCACAGAGAAGAUUAGAAGAACUGCAAAGUGCAAUAGGAAAUGCAGAGCAACAAAUUUUGGAAGUAACAGGGGAACUGCAACAACUGGAGGAUGCUCUGGCUCAGAAAAAAAUAUCACAGGCCAACAAGGAAGGUAUUGAACAGCAACUGAGUGAAAAGAUACAAAUCCUGCACCAGCUAUGCAAGGGAGCUUUAGAACUGGAAAAACAAAUGGAGAAACAGAAAAGAGAAAUAGCAAAAAACCAGAAAGAGCUUGAAGAUUUGCAGAGAUCUCUUGCUUCUGUAAAUCCUGAAGAUCCAAGACAGGCUCACAUGAAAGCUCAAAAAGCAAGUAAAGAACAGCAAUUUGAUGUAAUGAACAAACAUUACAAACAGCUUGAGAGUCGCCUGGAUGAGAUGCUCUCUCGGAUUGCUAAGGAAACUGAGGAAAUCAAGGACUUGGAGCAACAGCUCACUGAUAGUCAAAUAGCAACAAAUGAAGCACUGAAAAGGGAUUUAGAAAGUAUUAUCAUUGGAUUACAGGAAUACCUGGAAAGUGUUAAGUGUCAGGCAAAACAAGCCAAUGAUGAAUGUAAGGAGUUGCAGAAGGAUAAAGAAUCUUUGCUACAAAGAUUGGCAGAUCUAGAGGAGGAAAGAAACAACCUGGAAAUAGUUGCCAUGGAUGCUGAAAAUAUGAGAAAAGAAAUUACAAUGCUCGAAGGUGCACUCCAAGAGCAGCGAGAAAUAAACGAAUCGCUUAAAGAUGCACAAGGGGACAUCAGUGCCUAUGAGGCUGAACUGGAAGCCCAGCUAAGAGACAGAGACGCUGAAGCCAAUCAGCAAAAAGAAGAAUUUGAAAGACUGAAACAACUUAGCCAGAUGGAACUGUCAGCCCUGCAAGCUGAACUUGAAAAAGAAAGGCAAGCAUUAGAGAAUGCUGUGACCAAAGCACAACUAGCAGAAGAGAAGGAACAACAAAAUUAUAAGCUCCUUUCUCAGUUCAAACAAUUGCAGGGAGACAACAAUCUCCUGAAACAACAGCUUAAAGAUCUUCAGAAUCAGCUAAACCAUGCGGUCGGUAACUUAAUUCAUCCUGAGGAAGUCUUAGCUCGUAUAAAUGAACUCAAGCAAAAGCUUCAGACAGGCGUUGGAGAGAUUAAAUGUCAGAACUCAGCUGAUGUCUUAGGAAAAAGCCUUGCAAAUCUGCAGAAAGAAUUUAAUGACAUCCUUGCUGAUGCUCAGAGAGAAAAAGAGAAAGCAUGGACUAGACAGAGACAAUUGCAGGAAGAAAUGGUAUCACAGCAGGAAAAACUGGAAGAAGUACAGGAGAAAUAUAAACAGGUUAAAGCUGAAAACAGGCAGAAUAAGAACAAAGUCCAUCAGUUAGAGAAUGAAAUUCAACAUUUACAUGAAAAAAUAAAGAGCAUGGAAGAAAUUCAGGGCCUUGCUGAUCAACAGCUCCAAGAGGCAGAUGAAGAGAAAGAGACUAUUCUUGCUCAGCUGGAAGAUUUAGAGAAAAGGAAAAAAAUAGAAGAUGCCAGGGCACAAAUGCAAUUUGUUAGUCUAGAUAAAGAACUGAAGGAGUUAAAGAGAGCAAUCAUCACUUCAGAUAAACUGGCAGCUACAGAACUCUCCAUUGCUAAAAAUCAGCUAAAGGCUCUUCAUGGGACAGUUCUCAGAAUUAAUCAGGAGCGAGCUGAGGAGAUUGAGGAAGCCGAAGAGUUCUGUGCUGAGGCAGCUCAUGCAGCUCGGGAUCUUGCCAGAGCAGAAGCAGAAAUAGAAUUCUUACAACAGCUCCUCAAAGAGAAGGAAGAACAAUUUCAGCAUGAAAUGGAGAAAGCUGGUGAGAAGACUGUUGCAUCAAACUCCCAGAAGUUUGAAAUUGAUAAACUAAAGGAAGCUAUGGAGCAACAAAAAGCAGAAAUUGACCGUUUAAGAUGGUUGUUGGAUAACAUUGGUACAGGUAAUAAAGAUGAAAUUGACAACUUACAAGAUGAAAUCGCAGCACUCAGAAAUGUGCUUUCAUCCCAGAAUGAUUACAUCACCAGUAUAGCGGAUCCAUUGAGAAGGAGGGGAUACUGGUAUUACAUGCCAUCAUCGCAGGCUUCAACUCCCGGUUCCCGUAGCACAAAAGAUUCUGGAGUUUGUUUACUCUGUUCUGGCACAUCCCCACCCAGACGAGGGUGCGGUGACAACAGGCAGUGUGGGAAGGAAGGCUUGCCCAGUCAUGGAGGAUGUUGGGUUUAUUCACCUGUCAGAAAUAGGUUGUACAAAUCAAAUUCUGGUAAAGAUAGAAGAGCAAAAGGAGAUAGCGAAGGAAAUGAAGAAACUUGUGUUCCCAAAGACCCUCCCUUUGUACCACCACCUGGUACAGUUAUUUACACGGUCCUUCCAGAUGGUGCCCCCGUACCUCAGGGAACUGUGGUUUAUGGCCCUCCUCCUGCAGCAGCAAAUGGAGGUUCAGUUGCUCCUGGAUCUGUCAUCUAUGGCCCACCUCCUGUGGGAGCCCAGGUUGUUUACGGCCCUCUUCCUCCAGCCUUCACUGUCCCGCUCAUUCCUGUUGGAGUGCUUCACUGCAAUGUGCCUGAACAUCAUGAUUUGGAGAGCGAAGUCUCAAGGCUAGAAGACACUGUGUAUUAUUUAAAGUCUCGGAAAUACAAAGAUAAAUGGUCAGAGGCAGCUGAGCAUAAAUGCAAAAAAGAGGUGGAAAAAUUGCAUCAAAACAUUGAAGAACUUCUGCAUGAAAGAGAAGAGUUGGAACAUGAAGUAGCAGAGCUACGAAGAGCAGCUCAAAAACAUAACAAACGCAAGGACUUUAUUGAAGGGUAUACCAACAACGUUAUUGCAGAAUUGCAGUUAGAAAAGUCUCUUAAACACCAUGAAGAUAUUGCAGAUGAAAUUGAAUGUAUAGAGAAGACUCUUCUGAAACGACGAGCAGAGCUUAGAGAGGCAGAUAGGCUACUUGCAGAAGCUGAAGUGGAACUUGAGAGCACACGGGGGAAGACUAAAGACACUAUUCAAAAGCACAAUCACGCCAAACAGUGUUUGUCCCGCACUGAAACUGAGGCAAAGGAGCUGGAGCGAAGGGCUCAGGAAAUGGCCGUUAAACUUGUGAAAGCAGAUCAACAAUUAAGGUUAUUACAGGCAGAUACAAGGGAUUUAGAACAGCAUAAGAGGGAACAAGAAGGUAUUUUGAAGGAAAUCAACAAAAUGGUGGCUGCAAGAGACUCUGAGUUCCAGUCAUUAAACCAGAAGAUAGAAAUGCUAACUGAAAGUCUUCAGAAGCUUCAAGGAGAUAUUCAAGUUGCAGAAGGUAAUGAAGAACAUCACCUCCAAAUCCUCAGAGAAGCAGAAAACCUUCUUCAAGGCAAGAAAACCGAAUUGGAAAGAUUAAAAGAUCAGAUUACUGCUCAGCAACAAGAGCUCUUGUUUCUGGAGCAACAGUUAAACCAAAGAAAAGAAGAGCUCCAUGUCCUUCAAGACUGUAUUUCCCAAAAGAAAGGUGACCUCAAAGAAGCUCUUCGAGACGGAGAGACUGAAGCAAAUGAAAAGCUACGCCAAAUAAGAGAAAUAAAACUACUUCUGGAAGAGCUUAAUGUUGAGAGGAAAGAACUGGAUGUCCAGAUUAAUGAGAAAAGAGCACAGCUUUCCUUCAUAAAGAAGGAUAUUGGAAAAGAGGAAGAAAAUCUUCAAGGAAUAGUUGGGCAAAUUACCAGGCAUAAGAUAGAACUGAAACAUGUUCUGGAAAUGCUGGAGCUUGAAAAUAAUGAACUUCAAGGUUUGAAACUACAACAUGACCAAAAGGUCAAUGAGCUAGAAAAGACUCAGGCUGCAAUUCUAGAAGAGAAGUUAAAACUGGAGAAGAUUCAGAGAUUAUUCCAGUGUCAGCAAGGGGAAGUAGACUGGCAGGAACAACUGCUUGAGAAAGACCGUCAGGAAAAUGAACAUCUGGUUUCUCAAAUGCGCACUCUGCAAAAUAAUAUUGAGUCUUUGAAUAAAGAAAAAGAAAAGCUUGAAGAGGACUGUCAGAGUUUGGAAAAGAAGUUGUCACAAACCAGAAGAGACUUAACUGCUACUGAAGACAGCAGCAGAACUGCGUUGGCCAACGUAGAAAAAAUGGAACUGGAUGUUAAAAACCUGCAGCAGGAGGUAGAUCUACUGAACAAACAAAAAAAAUCACUGAAUGGAGACAUUAUUGUUGUACAGAGAGAUCUUCAAGAAAAAAAGGAAGAACUAGAAACACUGAAAGGAGAAUUAAAUGACUCCAGGCAACAGCUUCAACUGGUAGAGCAGGAUUUGAAAAAUAAUACAAAGCAUCAGGAUGAGUUGCUUAGAGAGCAGGCAACCCUGAAAGAAGAUAUCCUAGAAUAUUUAAGGAAACAUAAGGAUUGCCAAGAGAGACAGAAAAAGAAGGAGAACCAAUUGCAGCAGCUCCAGAAAGAGAUUGAAGAGAAGGAAACAGAACUCGCCAAACAAGAAGCGAUUCUUCACCGCCUCAAGCAAAAUUCAGAGCGUGAAGGGAAAAAAAUGGAUGAACGUAUUGCGAAGGUGAAAGAUCAGAAAACACUAUUGGAAAAGGAACUAACAGAUCAACAAAAGAAACUGGAGCAGGCAGUAACGAAAGUAAGGCUAGCAGAAGAAAACAUCAGGAAGCUGGAAAAGGAGGAGUCUCGAUAUGCAGCACUUGAAGAAACUGUCAGAAAAAGCAAACAUCAGCUCUCAGAAAAAGAAUUACAAUUACAACAAAAAAACAGAGACAUACAGUCUCUUCAAAAAGAACUGGAAGUCUCCAAGUCUGAGCUAAACCAUCUACAAGAUCGGAUAGCAUCAGAGAGGAAAAAAGCAGAAAAACAAAUCUUGAGUCUGAAAGAAGCAAUGAAAGUGCAAAGGAUGCAGCUUGAAAGAAAACUGCACGAACAAAAGCAUGAAAAUACCUGUUUGCAGGGUGAUAUAGCAACUGCUGAACAAGUAGCACACAGUAACCAGGAACGAGCCAGGCGCCUUGUUGAGGACCUUGGGCAGAUCCAGCAGGACUACGUGGAUCUCCACGCCCAGGUUAAAACUCAAGAAGACCUGGAAAAGAGACAAAGGGAAAUAAAGGAUGCAACAACGUUGCUUAAACUGGAGGUUGAAGAUGAAAUUAGGUUGGGGUUUAAAUCUUCGAGCCCAUCUUCUCUGCAACUGUUGGAAGAUUUGGAUGCAUCGUCUGAAGAAAAGGGAAGUCUGCAGUGUGAAUCUGAUAGCUUGGAGGAGACUGGUCCAUUUGCUGCUGCUGACAAACGACUCCUCUCACUGGAAGAGAAGUUGAAUUUUUCUAAAGUCUUCCUAAUGGACGAACACUGGCGUGGAGAGGCUCUCCGAGAGAAACUGCAGCAUCAUGAGGAUCGGCUGAAGGCCCAGCUCCGGCAGUGUAUGUCCAAGCAAGUGGAAGUAUUAAUCAGAGGAAAACGGCAAACAGAAGGCACCCUGCACAGCUUGCAACGACAGGUGGAUGCGCUAGAUGACCUGGUCAGCAGCACUGCUUCAGACCCGCUGUUUCUAGCUCAAAGCUCAAGUCUGGUAGCUCUUCACGAUGCUCUGAGUUUAACAAAGACACAGGCUACUCUGACACAACUCACACGCUUCCCCAGCAGGCCAACAGGUGUUUCAGUGGGGUCUCGGAUGCUGCGCUCCAGCCUGCAAGGAAUUUCUCAGUGAAGGCCAGAGAGCUGCCAUACAUUGGAAGAAAAGCUUCAAGUGCAUCUCCAGCUGUUCCUCAGAAGUGGCCUGCCAGCAGGAGUUACAGAGUCCCUCAGGACCAGGAAAGCCUCUGUACAGCUGUAACUGCACCUGUGCAACAGCUGGAACAGGCUGGGGGCAGAACCACGCAGGCAGCAAGGCCUGACCUGCACCAUCAGUUACACCCUGCAAGAUUUCUACCUCACACCACUGCAAGUGUUUUCUAAAAGGGUAUUUGCCACCACUGACAAACUGCUGGCUGCAGGCCUGUGCUCUACUGUGAAGUUCUUGUACGAUUGAGUAACUGAACUUGAUGUAUAUAAAGUUUUUUAAAAACUUUAUUUUAAAUGCAGAUUUAACUCUGCAGCCAGAACAACUCCUAUUUAAGUGUGGGUAUUUGUCACUUUCCACUUUAAAGAAAACUUGUACCAAGGACAGAGUUGUCCCUUUACCUGUUGCCAAAUGCCUGGAUGUUUUAAAUACAAUUAUUUUUGAGUACUUGAUAUAAAUUUGAGUGACUGAUGCUUGCUUUUAUCCAUGGUUGUCUG